UGCUAUAAACUAAACUCGGAAUCACCAAUUGACUGUUGAAUUAUUGCUACUAUUAUAUGGUAUGAGAAGAAGAUGAUGAUGAUCCUUUCAAAUUGAAACCCUAACCCUAAAAGGAUUUGAUUUGACUAAAUAUAAGGGUGAAUGAAUGGCGUCGUCUCUGCUCGGCCUCUGUUCUUCCAAUUCGCUACUCUCCUCCGCUACUCUCCUUAACUCCCACCCCCGCUUCCCUCUCCGGCACCGCUUCAGAUGUAAUGUGGUGGAGCCAUUGAAAUUCGACAAUGGAAAGCCUUACUUUCCUCUCCUCACCACUGACCCUGCAUUGCCAACCUUCUUGUCCCGAAAUUCCCAUUUCCAAAGUGAUGUCAACAAAAACGACACGAGGCUCCGUAUAUUUUCUGGCACUGCUAAUCCUGCUCUUUCUCAGGAAAUCGCACGCUAUAUGGGUCUGGAGCUUGGGAAAAUCAAGAUAAAACGUUUUGCUGAUGGUGAGAUUUAUGUCCAGUUGCAAGAGAGUGUGAGAGGUUGCGACGUGUACCUGGUCCAACCCACUUGCCCCCCUGCCAAUGAGAAUCUUAUGGAACUUCUCAUUAUGAUUGAUGCUUGUAGGAGGGCUUCUGCUAAGAACAUUACUGCUGUCAUUCCCUAUUUUGGCUAUGCCCGGGCAGACAGAAAGACUCAGGGGCGUGAAUCUAUUGCUGCCAAACUUGUAGCAAAUUUGAUUACUGAAGCAGGCGCAAAUCGUGUUCUUGCUUGUGAUCUUCACUCAGGGCAAUCCAUGGGUUACUUUGAUAUCCCAGUAGAUCAUGUUUAUGGGCUGCCUGUGAUUCUAGAUUAUCUUGCUAGCAAGACAAUAUGUUCUGAUGAUUUGGUGGUAGUCUCGCCUGAUGUUGGUGGUGUUGCUAGAGCACGUGCUUUUGCCAAAAAAUUAUCUGAUGCACCUCUUGCUAUUGUUGAUAAAAGGCGUCAUGGGCAUAAUGUUGCAGAGGUCAUGAAUUUGAUAGGUGAUGUGAAAGGAAAGGUUGCAGUGAUGGUAGAUGACAUGAUUGACACUGCUGGAACAAUCGCCAAAGGUGCAGCUCUUUUACAUCAAGAGGGGGCCCGGGAAGUGUAUGCGUGUACUACACAUGCUGUCUUUAGUCCUCCUGCAAUAGAGAGGUUGUCAAGUGGUCUUUUCCAAGAAGUAAUCAUAACAAACACCAUCCCAGUGUUGGAGCAGAACUAUUUUCCUCAGUUGACAGUCCUCUCUGUGGCAAACCUUCUGGGAGAGACCAUAUGGCGUGUUCAUGAUGACUGCUCUGGAGGGUUUGAACCCUAUUCAACCUUGGGCAUUGAUUGAUUUCUGGAAAUGGCAAUUUCGUUUUUAUGGAAUUGCGUGGGAAUCUGCCUGCAAACCAUUAUCUUUUGUACUCGGAAGGAGUGUUACAGUGCGUAGGUAGGUAGUCUUAUGUAUUCACAGAAGUUGGAAUGAAUGAAAUCCAGCAAUCGAAUGCUAUUAUUUUUUUCCUCGGAUUAUGUGUUUGUAUAUGGUUGUAUUUGGUUUUAAAUAAAAAAAUGUAAUGGAA